AACCCAUGAAAUAAUGACAUAUCUAUAUUUGGUAUGUCUUUCUGUGGACACCAAAAGUCAAAUUCUUAACCGGAAAAUAAAGUAAUACACCUGUGUCUCUUUUAAUCGUUUUCUACCGGCUAGCGCUUUAAUAAUUUAAAAAUAUUAAACGCUGUGCUGUUAUGACAUAAUUAUUAGGUAAUACAAGUGGGUUCAUACAUGUUAGCAAGUAUUAUAAUUAUCUCCUGCUAUACUUUAUUUUAUGCAUCCGAAAGUGGUUUUACAACGUUUUGAAAAAAGCAAGUAAACCAAGUCUAAUAGCAAGGUAUAAAACCGUUUCACUAAGAUUGAAAAAAUUUUCCUUCAUCGAGUGUUUAAAAUAAAGCCCUGUGUUUGGGCUGCACUGAACACUAUGUCUAAAUCCAGAGACUUUUCUUCGAAUUUCCACGAAAAUGAUGGAUAUACUGGGGAAAAGCUUGUUUAUCCAGCAGCAACUCGAAAUCAAGACCCUAUACUGCAAGUUCUAAAAAGAUUUAUUGUGUCUGAUUUUGAUCAAAAUGAAGAUGAAAAUCAAUUAUUUUUGGAAAUUGCCUCAGGAUCUGGCCAACAUUUGGCACACUUUGCACCUAAUUUUCCUAAUGUCAUAUUUCAACCUAGUGAAGUUGAUAGUAAUUUAUUGGGUAGUAUCUCUUACUAUGCUUCAGCUUGCCCAACUAAGAAUAUUUUACAGCCAUUGUUAAUAGACAUAAGGAAAAGUUUCUCCAACUAUGGGUUUAAAGAAGAAUCAUUAGAUUAUAUGUACUCGGCAAAUCUUAUACACAUAAGCCCUUAUGAAUGUACUGUAGGCUUAUUCCAAAAUGCUGGUGAUUAUUUAAAGUCCGAGGCAUUAAUGAUUACUUAUGGACCUUACAGUAAAGAUGGAAUCAUUACACCACAGAGCAAUGUUGACUUUGAUACAUCUUUAAGAGCAAGAAACCCAUCUUGGGGCCUAAGAGAUAUAAAUGAUUUGAUAAAAUUGGCUGAAAAUAAUAAUGUUUCUCUUAUUGAUACAGUAGAGAUGCCUGCUAACAAUUUGACAUUGAUAUGGAAAAAAGAUUAAUGGAAAUUGUAAAAAUUACAGAUUUUUUGAAAGUUAUUUAGAUGUGCUAAAUAAUUAUGUGAAAUACCAAUUGUCUGACAUAAUUGUAUAAUGUUGGGCCAUACUGUAUUGGCAUUAUUGACAACAUAUAUGUAAGUUUUCACAUUUUAUGGUAAAGAAAUUACAUUUAUUGUAACAGUGUACUGAAGUCUGACUUUUGUAUAGAUUAUUGUUUAUUAGAUAAAUUGUUAUCCAUAAAUAUAUAGAAAAUUCUGCAUAUUGGAAUGUACCUUGAUUAAAUAAAGUAUAGGUUAAAAAUGUGAUU